AUGGUGGAUCCAUCAGAAUAUGCUUUCAUGGAAGAAAGAGAGGAGCUAAUGGUUUCACUUGUUGAUGAACAAAUUCAUCUUCACAAUGAUUUGAUUAUUGCGCUUGUGGAGAGAUGGUGUAUGGAGACUAAUACAUUCAUCUUUCCAUGGGGAGAAUCAACUUUUACUUUGGAAGAUAUGUUACUUUUGGGUGGUUUCUCUGUUUUAGGCCGUAGUGUGUUGAAACCUGUUAAGACCAAAGAGUCUGAUGAAAUGGAAAGAAGUCUUAGGGAACUUUAUAAAGUUGUUAGAGCGCGUAAACUAUGUGUUUAUAACCAUUCCUGGAUGGAGUUUGCGUUUCCCCCUAAAGGUUUUCAGAAUGUGCACCAAGCUGUUAUCCCUAUUGCAAUUCAUCUUUCUCAACGUAACUCAAUGCCACUUGCCCCUGCUGUUCUUGCUAUUUAUAGAGAUUUGAACUUGCUUAACCAAUUGAUUGCAUCUUCAGCUAAGCACACUGAACAUAGUAGUAAUUCUAGAUGCAUACAAGAUGAGUCAGAACUUAUCCUUCGCGCUCCUCUUCAUUUUGUUCAGCCAUGGGCUUGGGAGAGAUUUUCCAGUUUGCAGCCUAAGCCUAGUGUUAUUUACUGUGGAGAGCCAAGAGUGGCUAGAUGGCAUAGGGUGAAAAAAAUAGAACAUGUAAAUCCUAGGAGUGAAAUUGAUUCGGUAGCAGAAUGUUUUCUGUGGCGCCCUUAUGCUAAUGAUACUGUGAAGAAUUGGGACAUCAACAAAUUCUGCAAGGGAAAGGAGGAAUAUGUGGUGGCUGGACCAACUAUGGGAAGAGAAAUCUUGAUACUUGCUCAGACUUAUUCGAGCUUCUGA